AGUAUUGCGAUACUCUGACGACACGUAUGGCAUUGUCUGGCUUUUAAGUGCGCAUGCGCGGGGGUUAAGUACACGGAAGCAUCAUGUCGAUAGAAGAUCCAUUUUUCGUCGUCAAGGGGGAGGUGCAGAAGGCCCUCUCUAGGGCUCGGGGCCUGUUUGAUCGCUGGGAGGAACUGCUGCAGGAUGAGACACAGGUAAGUCGCGAUGAGCUCGACUGGAGCGCCAACGAACUGAGGAACUGUCUGAGGGCCAUAGACUGGGACCUGGAGGACCUGAGUGAAACCAUCAGUAUUGUUGAGUCGAACCCAGGGAAGUUCAGACUGGGAGAUAAUGAGCUUCAGGAGAGGAGAGACUUUGUGGAGCGAACCAGGAAGUCUGUUCAGGAGAUGAAGGACCUGUUGUCCAGCCCCUCUGUUGUGGCUCAGGCAGAGAAGAAGAACAGACAGGCUCUGCUGGCCUCCACGGGCCAGGACCGCUCCACGGGACUAGAGGCUCAUCUGGUGUCGGCGAACUCCAGAUACAUCCAGGAGCAGCAGGAGCAGCAGCAGCUGAUCAUGCAGGAGCAGGACGAGCAGCUGGAGCUGGUGUCGGGCAGCAUCAGGGUCCUCAAAGACAUGUCGGGACGCAUCGGGGACGAGCUGGACGAGCAGGCUGUGAUGUUGGGGGAGUUUGGAGACGAGAUGGACCAGACGUCGUCCCGCAUGGACUCGGUCCUAAAGAAGCUGGAGAAGGUGUCACACAUGACCAGCAGUCGGCGACAGUGGUGCGCCAUCGCCGCGCUGGUCGUCAUCAUGAUUGUGGUCAUCAUCCUCUUCUUCGCCCUCUGAUGUCGGUGACCUCUGACCUCCCGCCUAUGCUCACCGACUCCUCCCUGCCAGGCCGGACGGAGGGACAGUGACAGGAAGGCGCGCCUCCCCUUCGCCUCCUUCCGUUUUUACACUAAGGAGAAAGUGGCGACCUGCAGAGAGAAGCCAGGGUUCAAUCCCCUCUCUCCCCGGGCUCAGGGGAACCCCGGCACUGUCGUACAUGUAAUUACGGUGCGUUUCAUUUAUUUUUGGGACUAUUGGUACUGAACAUGAUGACGAGACAAUGACGACUCUGUAAAGUUUAGCUUAUGGCAGAAUGUAUUUACUGAAAUUGAGUCCAAAUAACGGUUCCCACUAAAUGUUUCAUGUGUCACAACAGCAUUUGUUGUUUUAAGGUACGAACCAGUUAAUUUGUUAUUUAAAAGCAUGUCACACUCCAUAACAACCUAAAACCUGAAGUAUUUUGUAAACUAGCUGAAUAUUUUUAAGGUAAAGGACAGAAACAGAUUGUGUAAAUCAUCUUAAUAACUGAACACUGAAUAUGGAUCCAUUUACCGUUAAAUGUGUGUGAGGAUUUUCAGUGUUGCCUUAAAUAUAUUUUUAUACCAUUGUGAAAUGAGCAGUACGUUUAUGUGCCUACGUGUGAAUCAGAGCAGGAAGUCUUCAACUUCAGAUGCCGACUUGGUCAAAGCCCACAGUUUCCUUUGUGACGCCUCCUCCAGCAGCUGGCACCACCCGGGAGGGGGUCGCUGUGAGCCGCGGCGCCCCCUUAAGUCCUGCCCUGACGGUGGUCUGUCAGGUCUGUGGGCUGUGGCGGCUGCUGCUCGUGGUUUAGAGCGUCAUCGGCUGAGGCUCCGCUGCUCCCGCUGAGUGACGACAGCCUCGGCUCACAGCGAAUGGCUUCAUCCGGUUUCCGCCGAAGCUUUCGCUAAUGAGGAGGAGCGGUUGCUGGGCAAAGAGCUGCAGCCCAGAGCUGAGCCGACGCCUCCCUCUGCUGGAGGAGCCGUGUAAGAGGCUGCGGCUGUAGAUACAGCAAGCUCUAGUCUGAUCGUCACUCCUGUGUUCAUGCACCUAGUCUCAAUUCUUAGCUUUUUAACCGGUCAUUUUAAAUACUCGGGCCUGUCUUUCCUGAAAUUCACUCAACAGUUGGGAAAUGGCUGGAAGUUCCAGUUCUGAGUCACUGAGAUGCACUCAACCUGGAGGUCAGUGAAUGUAACGUUAGGCCCGUUUCCUCCGGCCUGUGCUUUAAGUUGAGCCUUUUUUGUGGCCUCGUGUCUGAUUAUGAUUCAGCAUCUCUUCUGUUCUAUUUGAUUCCUGUAUCGUUGGGAAGCUUAGACUCUGCCAUUAAACUACUUACCUGCUGCAGCAUUAGGUACAUGUGGAGAAUCAGAACCAGCACUCUGGGAUCUACUGGCAUUUGAAGUGUUACGAUCUGAACCAGAGAAGCCUCCGUACAUAACUUGGCCAAUGAGCUGAUCAGGGUUUGAUUUGUUUAACUGUUAAAGCUGCUGCUGUGCUCUUCACUGCCAAACAGCAUGUUCACAGCUGGACGUCUUUGCUAAAAGGCAGCAGUGGCCGUGACACUUUUCACUUCUUUGCACUGCUACAUGUUGAUUUUAAUAUUUACAUCACCUGCACUAUGAUAAACUGGGUGUCACAGGCAGCUGUUGGAAAAUGAAUAAAAAUGAUUCAAGCUUUGUUAAACAUGUGA